AUGGAAGCUAACAUCCAGUGCAUAAGAAUUAUCCAGGAAAUGAGGGCAGAGAUCAAUAAGCUGAAGAAAGAGAAUCAAGUCCUCCGGAUGAAGCUGGCCUCAAGUAGUCAGAGAACCCCAGGCCCCAGCGGAGAAUCAGAAGAUGAGAGGGAAGAGGAAGUCACAGACCUUGGUAACCUCGAAAAAGCAUCCGAAAAAUCUCCAGCAACCCUUCAUGGUGGUGUUUCCGUUGAUGCAGCACCAGCUGUGCACGAACAUCAAGGCAACGUCAUGAUUGUUAGACGCUAUUCCAUCUCCUCACCAAUUCAUUCAUUUGCUGCAAAUGAUCCCUGGAAACCUGAGGAAAGACACCCAAAGAGUGGAAUUCUAGGAGCUCAGGGAAGAAUUAAAUCACUGGCAUGUUCUUCAAUUAAGAAGCAAGACAAUAAAGAAAAGAUGUUUGCAGCAGAUUCUUUAACCAGCACUAGUUCCAACCAAAGAACUUCUCCUGAUCAUGUUUUUGAUAAUGUAACCAGGGACAAGAUAAAGACAGUCAGUUUCCAGUUACCCAUGGACUUGUCUUCAUAUUCCAAAAAUUCAAGUUCUUUGAAGUGUUCACCAAAUCAGACCACAAACCAGCUAAGUACCAUUGCAGAAUAGGCUGUGUGGGGUGAUGAAAUUUAAGAAACAGCUGAUUCCCAAAAAUGAGAACACUGAGGCCCCUCUGGAUCAGUGUCCUCCCCUACAAAGAGCUCUGGAAAGAUUCCCAGUAAGACACACAAAAUGCUUGGCAUCAGGUCAGUGGACUUGUCAAUGGACUUGGCCAAGAAAUGGAAGUAAUUUCUUUAUGUCAUUGUCGAAUACUAAUGUUGAUUGCUGUGCAGUGACUA